AUGAGCAUCAAAAUCGAGCCAAUUGAGGUGCGAUAUAAGGGGAAAAAAUUCGAGCCACCGCGUGCGAAUGAUGUCGGCGUUUUGAGGAUUUCUCAAGAUGAUAACACGUUUCAAGUGACAUUUGAUGUCAAUGGAUACACGUCAAAAGAAAUCAAGGUAAUCGGUCGACACGGUUUAUUGGAAGUGCACUGUAAUCCCUCGAAUCGUGCCGAUGCUCCUCCACCAAGUGUCAAGAGUUGUCAUUUCCCGAAUGAUGUCGAUUGUUCGACGGUUAGAAGCAACAUGACAUCGACGGGAACAUUGGAAAUAAACGCGAAGAAGUAU